AUCAAGCACCUAGGCAUGCAGACUGGUUCUACAAAUAUUUGUGAAAGAAUGGGGUGCUUUCAGGAGCUCAGUGAAUUUAAGUGUGGUAACGUGAUAGGUUGCCACUUGUGCAAUAAGUCCAUCUGUGAAAUUUCCUUGCUACUAAAUAUUCCACGGUCAACUGUUAGUGGUAUUAUAACAAAGUGGAAGCAACUGGGAACAACAGCAACUCAGCCACGAAGUGGUAGGCCAUGUAAAAUGACAGAGCGGGGUCAGCACAUGCUGAAAUGCACAGUGCACAGAAAUCACCAUUUCUGUAUAGUCAAUAGCUAAAGACCUCCAACCUUCAUGUGGCCUUCAGAUUAGCACAACAACAGUUAGAAGAGAGCUUCAUGGAAUGGGUUUCCAUGGCCGAACAGCUGAAUCCAGGCCUUACUUCACUGAGUGUAAUGCAAAGUGUCAGAUGCAGUGGUGUAAAGCACACUGCCACUGGACUCUAGAGCAGUACUUGCCUGCCUGCAUUGUGCCAAGUGUAAAGCUU